AAAUCGCAAAAAAAUAUAAAUUGUUAGUACAAAAGUGUAGCUAAUAACAUUUAAAUGUGAACAAAUCGAAACCUUGUGUUAAAUUUUUUUCACUAAAAUCGACUAGUUUCUCUCUCUAAUAUUUCAAUUUAUUUUUAAGCUAAAUAUGUAUGAUCAUCUGGCUGUGUGCAUCAAGGAAGUAGAAAAGUCGUACGGACCCCAUAAAAUUUUAAACAAGCUUUGUUUAAAUGUGGAAAGGGGGAGUAUAUAUGGUCUCCUAGGAUCCAGCGGUUGUGGUAAAACCACUUUACUGCGUUGUAUUACUGGAAGAAUCAAAAUCGACAGUGGUGAAAUAUACGUUUUAGGGGAAAAGCAACGAGAAAUACCUGGUGCAAUUCUAGGAUAUAUGCCUCAAACUAUAUCCUUGAUAGCAGAGUUCACCGUGAAGGAUACUAUAUAUUUUUUUGGUAGAAUAUACGAUGUACCGGAAAACACAAUUAAAAAACGGUACCACGAAUUGGUACAGUUACUAGAUCUUCCUACUGAUAAAAGAUAUAUCAAAAACUGUAGUGGUGGUGAACAGAGAAGGAUUUCUUUCGCUGCGAGUAUGGUACAUCAACCAAAAUUAUUGAUUUUGGACGAACCCACCGUUGGUACAGAUCCAAUACUGAGGGACAGAGUUUGGAAGUAUUUGCUAAAAAUUAGCCAGGAAGAUAAAACGACUAUCGUGAUUACCACUCACUAUAUAGAGGAAACUCGAGAGGCUAACAGGGUGGGGCUAAUGCGUGAAGGAACAAUAUUAACAGAAGAAAAUCCGAAAAAAUUGUUAACUAUGUACAACGCGAAUAGUUUAGAAGAAGUUUUUUUUAUUUUGAGCUCAAAACAAGAACAAAAUUUGAUUAGAGUAGAAAAUCAAAACACUAAUUCCGAUAACGUAAAUUUGGGAUUUGAAUCGUCAGAGAUAAGUUUAAAUGAACUCACAGAUAAUACGAGGGAUGUUUUUAUACCAUACGAGGAAAUGGAAAUAUCAAAUGAAACUAAGAAGACAAACCGUAUUUUUGCUUGGCGUAGAUUCAAAGCAUUGGUGGAUAAAAAUUAUAAAACACUGACUCGUAACUACGUGGCAAGCUUAUUUCCCAUGUUUAUAACAAUUGUACAAGUGUUAUUUUUCUUAGUGGCUGUGGGUAGAGACACGACAGAUAAUCCGUUUGGAAUUGUAAAUGCAGAACAAUCUGCCGAAUUCUGUGAAUUAUUUCCAAGAAAUGAAACCGCAGUACUAGACGACGAAUGGAAUUGUCAUAUUAAAAGUGUUAGUUGUUUAUUCGAAGAUUAUUUGAACAUACCUUCAAUUAAAAAGAUACAAUAUAAUUCUGUAGAAGAAGCAAUUGAAGAUCUAAAAGGUGGUAAAAUAAGAGGUUUCAUACACAUAAAUUCAAAUAUAUCACAACUGAUGGAAAAACGACUAUCACAUGGAAUAUCUUUAAACGAUGUACCUAAUGAAGAAUUAGAGGUAUUUAUGGAUAUGACGUCUCUUCAUAUAGGAGGAGCAAUAAAAUCAAAAAUAUACGAUCUAAGCGAAAAGUUCCACGAAGAAAUUCACAGGCAUUGUAAAUAUCUUACAAAAAUUGUUAAACUCCCUUUAAGGGUAGAAGAAACGUACUUUGGAAGUUUAGACGACGAAUUCACUAUUUUUCUAACCCCAGGCGUAGUGACUACAAUGAUCUAUUUUAUGGGUUGCAUUAUGACUUGUAUUAUAAUCGUGGAAGAAAAAUGCGAAGGGAUUUGGGACAGGUCGAUUAUUGCUGGAGUAACGUCUCUGGAAUUGAGUAUGUCUCACCUUAUAUAUCAAAUCAUUUUUAUGAUUGUUAUGACGAUAGAAUUGAUGAUACUAGUUUUUUGUGUGUUCCAUCAACCUUAUGUAGGAUCAUUAUGGUUGAUUUUCGCCCUUAUUUAUCUGCAGGGAUUGGCCGGAAUUGUUCUAGGUUUUGGAAUUUCAGUUUUAAGUACCACCCAUUUAAUGGCAAAUGUAAUAGUUUCCGGUAUUUUCAAUCCCCUGGUAAUAUCAAGUGGUGUGAUGUGGCCCAUCGAAGCCAUAAACGAAUAUUUAUUAUGGAUAGUGAGGUUCUUGCCUUUGGCUCAGCCGACAACCGCUUUAAGAUACGUCAUCAAAAGGGGAUGGUCGUUAAAGAAUUUAGAAGUAAUCGAAGCUAUCGGUAUAUUAUUACUUUGGAUAUUCAUUCUUUUAGUGAUGAGUAUAUUCACUAUGAAAAGAAGUAGAUGAAAAGGGAGAAAUAAAACGAAGUGUACGCAGUAAUCCAAAACUGAUUAUUCAAUUAAAUAGAUACAAAAAUAUAUUUAAAAACUUUUUGUAAAACUUACGAUUAUUACUUUUGAAGUAAUAGAUACAAAAUUUCAAAUA